AUGCCAGAAGUUUAUCACACCGUUUCUUCAUCCGUCGUUUGCUGUGCCUUCAAUAGCGAUAGAAGUCAAUUGGCUCUUUGUCCUAACAAUGAAGAAGUACAUAUUUAUGUGAAGAAGGGAGCAAGCUGGAGUUUAAGUAAAGUUCUGAAAGAGCACACAGAAAUUAUCAACGGCAUUGAUUGGGCUUCUGAAAGUGAUAAAAUUGUAACUUGUAGUUCGGAUAGGAAUGCUUACGUAUGGAAGCGUGAAGGGAAUGAUUGGAAGCCAACUUUGGUAUUACUCCGGAUGAAUCGUGCGGCUACGUGUGUUAAAUGGUCACCAGACGAGAACAAAUUUGCUGUUGGAUGCGGCGCCAAAUUGGUUUCCAUCUGUUAUUUUGAGAAAGAAAAUGAUUGGUGGGUCAGCAAGCAUAUCAAGAAGCAAAUCAACUCGACUGUGUUAUCAGUUGAUUGGCAUCCCAAUAAUAUUUUACUAGCAACUGGAUCGUGCGAUUUUAAGUGUAGAAUAUUCUCUGCAUACAUAAAAGAAAUCGAGAGUAAACCAUCACCAACAUCUUGGGGCUCCAAAAUGAAUUUUGGUGCUUGCAUGCACGAGUUUUCUAAUUCUGGAGGUGGAUGGGUACAUUCUGUUUCUUUUUCAUUCGAUGGUAAAAAAGUUGCAUGGGUUGGCCAUGAUUCUAGUAUAUCAGUUGUUGACUCUGAAAGAGACAACAUUUUGUUGACUGUGAAGAGUACUUAUUUACCCUUCGCUUCAUGUACCUGGAUUUCAUCGAAUAGUAUUGUCAGUGUUGGCCACGAUUGUGUUCCGUAUCUGUUCAGUAUUGAUGGUGCUGGAAAUCUGACAUUUCGUGAUGCACUUGAUAAAAAGGAGAAAAAACAGUCUGAAAACGUUUUUAGUGCGUUAAAUAAAUUCAGAGAUCUAGAUAGACUGGGUUCUACCAAAAGUGACAGAAGCAACACAUCAUUAAAUUCUAUUCAUCAAAAUGCCAUCAAGGGCGUAGCUAUUGCUAGAGGUACAAAGAAAGACUGUGCGGUAUUUUCUACCUUUGGAAUGGACGGUAAAAUUAUAGAUUGGGAUUUAAAGUCGCUGGAACAAUCCAUAGCCGGACUAAAAAUUGCCUAG